AUGGGACGGGGAAGGUUUUGUAUUCGAGCAAUCCUCAAGCUCUUACUGGGACCUAGCGAAACUUCUCUGGAAAUAUGGUUGGACUCCGGUGAAGGUUCAGAGAAUGGUGGAUUCUAUAGUCGGCAAGUUCCUAAAAACGUAUGAAAUUUCCGAACCUUUUUUUAGCAUCGGCUCCGAAAUCGAACGGCUCCACGUUGAUAUCGAGACACAGUUCAAUGCUCAGCAUUACUUCUCAGAACUGAAGAAUGUGAAUCAACUUUAUUUACAAAACUUUGUGGAGCCGAUGACCAGAGUGAAUUAUGGGCAAAACUUGGGGGAGAUACAUGUAAUGGGAGCGUUCAUUAGUUUAGCACCGCAAGGUGCAAAAAGCAUUCGGGGUGGAAAUUAUCAAAUUUUUGAGAAUUUCAUUAAACAUUCAGAAGCGGAACUAAGGUUAGACACGGAGGUAUCGAAAAUUACAAAAGUCAUUAGUAUAGAAAACGAUAAGGAGGUGCUGAAGUAUAUUGUGGAAACGAAAAAUGGCGAGUUGGAUAAUUUUGACGCAAUCGUUUUGGCAACUCCCAUACAAUUUUCAAAAAUCAAAUUUGAAAACAUAAAUGUCGAAAUGAAGGAGAUUCCAUAUGUUACCCUCCACGUGACACUCAUCGCGGGCCGCGUGAAUCCCGCUUAUUUUGGAUGUGAAAAGAUCGAAGAAGUUCCUCAGCAAAUCGUCACCACAAACAGCGGCAAAACAGAAUUUCUGAGCUUUGCCACUAAGCUUGUUUUAGAAAAUGGCGAAACUUUACAUAAGAUUUUCUCGCAUCAGGAGAUGAGCGAUGAAGUGCUAGAUAGGAUAUUCACGGAACGAUCUUGGAUUUAUAAGAAAGUUUGGAAGUCCUACCCACGAUUAAUACCAAACCAAUCAUUCCCCAGGGUGGAAGUCGACGAUAAUUUCUUUUAUGUGAAUAGUUACGAGCCAUUUAUUUCGACCAUGGAAACCGAAUGUGUGUCGGGUAGUAAUAUUGUAAAACUUUUGGUACAACGAUGGACCAGAGCAUCGUAG